UUAGCCCAGAACAUUGGCCGCCAUAAACUUCUUCCUGGACUCCAGUCGACGCCGUUGACGACGUCGGCCAAGAGAUCUUACCGCACUGAACUCGCUUCCCUUCUCACUGUCACCGCCGUCAGCCUCGCCAGCCAUCGAUGGCCAUGUACGCCCCGCAGCAGCAACCAGCGCCACCGGCCUGGGAUCCACAGCAACACACUUCUCCUAGACACUCCAUUUCGAGGGAAUUCAUGGCUCAGGGUGGUCAGGGAUCGCCAACACCGAGCCAGGGGCAACUUCCGCCAGGCCGACCAGCUCGAGAGCUACCUCCGGGUCCAAUGCAGCAGCCUCCACAGCGCGGUCCAACGCCAAGCAGAAUGUACGAUGCAGAACCCGAAUUCUACGACGACAGAACGCCAGAGGGCGAAGACGAUAACGACGACUUUUUCAAUGGGGCAUCAUCAACACCAAACGGGCUCCAUCCAGGUUACAACCCGGCAAUUGGCUCAGAAUCUCAUUCACCGUAUAGAAACGCCAGCUCCAUAGCCACUCAGUCCAUCCGUGCUCCAUCUCCUCCCCCAGGUCCUAUCCUCGACCAUUCGCAUCUGCGACCUGGCAAUCAGGCUUCCCUCCUCUCUCAUGAACGGACCCUCGAACUUUACAGGGCAAAUGCAAAGAAGACCCAAGACCCUGACCUCCAAUUUGAGUUCGCCGUAUUCAUGAUCGACGCCUCCAAAUCACUCCCAAUACCCAAACAAACCCCUGGAAAUGUCAUGGAGGUCGAGAAGGCAUUGGAAAAGCGGGAGGACUUGGUGAAGGAGGCUACCUCCCUGCUGAAACGUCUCGCCGAUCGCGGACAUGCUCCAAGUCAAUACUUCCUGGCAGAUUGCUACGCGAACGGCAUCGGAACGUACAAGAAUAAGCAAGACUUCGACCGUGCAUACCCCUUGUUCGUGCUCGCCGCUAAACACGGCCAUCCAGACGCCGCGUAUCGUGCCGGAACGUGCUGCGAGAAUGGGUGGGGGUGUAGAAGGGAAUCGGCGAAGGCCCUCGGUUUCUAUCGCAAGGCCGGUGCUGCGCUCCACCCCGGUGCGAUGUACCGACUCGGUAUCGCCGAACUCAACGGGGAGCUGGGAUGCUCAAAGAGCCCGAAGGAGGGCGUCAAAUGGCUCAAGCGCAGUGCCGAACAUGCUACUGCCGAGUUCCCCCACGCCCUUCACGAACUUGCGCUCUUGCACGAACGCGGUGUGGACAACGUCGUCUUUGUGGACUAUGAAUACUCUGUGGAGCUGUUGGCUCAGGCUGCGGAACUCGGAUAUGCCCCAAGCGCGUACAAGCUCGGGGAGUGCUACGAGUAUGGAAAGCUUGGCUGCCCACAAGACCCUGCGCUCUCCAUUCAUUACUACAACAUCGCUGCACAGCAAAAUCACCGGGAUGCUUGCUUUGCCCUGACCGCGUGGUACCUCGUCGGGUCACCUGGAGUUCUACCUCAGUCCGAUACAGAAGCCUUCCUGUGGGCUCAAAAGGCCGCUGACCUCGGGUUGGUGAAAGCUAUGUAUGCAGUGGGGUACUUCCUUGAAGUCGGUAUUGGCACGAAUCCCAACCUCGCAGAUGCCGUCGCUUACUACAAGAAAGCCGCCGAGCUGGGCGACAAACGUGCCAUCCAGCGAUUGAAGAGCUCGCAAAAUCAGCCCAUGCACCAACCCGGAGGUGCAAACGCCGUCUUACACAGAGGCGAGGGCGACAGCGGCGGUAAGGAUAAAGACAAGGAUUGUGUGAUCAUGUAG